AUGGAACACUUCCGCGUCUGCAGAUUUCGUGACACAGUCACGGGCCAGUUUUACGGGCACACGCACUACGACGAUGUUCAAAUCUUCUACGACAAGGACAGCCAGCCCUUCAACGUCGCCUACGUCGGCCCGAGCGUGACACCGUUCGUCGGGAUCAAUCCGGCUUACAGGGUGUACACUAUGGACGCGGACACAAAGCCCUUUGACCCGACAGAGACCCACAAUUCCCCGGGCGUACUCGCUUCUUCGAAACCGCCCUGUUGCGGCAUCAUUUGCGGCCGUUUUGCAAUGCCGGAGGUACUAGACUACACGACGCAUUACUUGGACCUCCUGUCGGCAAACGCUUUCGAUCAGCCGCGCUGGCUCGAGCUCUAUUCCGCCAAAACUGCUUACAAGAUGGACGAUUUGAGUCCUAAAUCUUGGAGCAGUUGGGUGUCGAAGCUCAUUUGGAGCAACGACGCGUUCCAGACACACUACCGGCACUUUCACCGGAACUCGCAAUUCUUCCGCCAAUGCAACGACAAAGAAUGCAAGCGAGAGCGUCUGUGCACGAUCGUGACGGCGGACACCAGCGACCCAACACCUUGCUUGCGGAUUGUUGCGGAACUGGAGCGUUACUAUUUCCUCCAAGGCGUGCAACUUCCGAAUACCGUGUUGCUCGGAGGAAGAUGA